GAUGAGGGACUGCCCCUCUCCAGAGGGUCCGCCCCUUGCCAGAGCGCUUCUUCUCUGUGGGCGCCCCCAACCUGGCCUCCUGGUUUCUCACCCCACUCCUCCUAUCUGUUUCCAUCCCCUCUCCGUCACUAUUGUGCCCCUUCUCAGUCUGUCUCUGGCCGUGUGAAGAGCUUUCUGGUAAUCAGACGACCAGUUUAGCCGGCCCUGGUAAACAGACGUUGGGUCUCUUGCUGUUGGUUGAGUCUUGUCCAACUGCGGGAGAGGAAGUGGACUCCUGUCGCCUCACGGUUGACACAAGAAGCCCACAUCUUUACACCCAGUGGGUGGGUUUUUUGCCUCCGACAAAUUGCUUAACAGCAAAAGGACUAAAGGCCAGAGACAGUCUGUGUGCUAAGGCAAGUGUCCUCUGCCGAGGAGGUGUGCCAGGGUGGAUGAAAGGCAGUUCCUGGGUGCUGUAGCCACGUGCCAUCCGGCUAGAAUGUCUGAAAGGAGUCCCCGGAGCUCAGACUCAGCACUGCUCUUCAUCAACACAGGAACAGUCCGACACAGGACACAGGUCUGCAGCAGGAGAUCAGUGACCAGCCGUGUUAGUGCAGCCUUUGGCCUAGGGGAGUCAGAGCCCAAACUGACGCUUCGUUUGGGGAGAAAAAAAAACCUUUUAGGUGGCAGAAUGGCUCCAGGCCGGGCCUGCGGACUGCACCCAGGGACAGCGUGGUGCUGUGGAUAUGGCAGGAGAUGUGGUGCCUUGAAGGUUCUGGCGAUGGACCAGUGUCUCCACACAGGACAACAGCCCUUGUGUCUGGGGACUCCACAGAAGGAUGGCUUUGCAGGACCCUCAGUAGAGUCCGACAAGAUAGAGUCAUCUCUUCGUAGUAUCGAGAAAUUUGUUCCUACAGACUUUGCCAGCUACACGCAAGAGCAUUAUCAGUUUGCAGGCAAGAAGAUCAUCAUCCAAGAAUCCAUUGAGAGCUUUGGCACGGUGGUGUGGCCAGGGGCUACAGUUUUGUGCCAGUAUUUGGAAGACCAUACUGAAGAAUUACAUCUCCAAGAUGCUAAAAUACUUGAAAUCGGUGCCGGCCCAGGACUUGUCUCCAUCGUGUCCAGUCUUUUAGGAGCCCAAGUCACAGCAACAGAUCUGCCUGAUGUCCUAGGGAAUCUUCAAUACAAUCUUUUAAAAAACACACUGGAACGCGCAGCUCAUCUACCUGAAGUGAAGGAACUGGUAUGGGGGGAAGACCUGGACCAGAAGUUCCCUAAGUCAAACUUUUAUUACGAUUACGUCCUGGCUUCUGAUGUGGUCUACCACCACUACUUUCUCGAUAAGCUUCUGGCUACCAUGGUGCACCUUUCCCAGCCAGGCACCGUGGUGCUCUGGGCAAACAAAUUCAGAUUCAGCACUGAUUAUGACUUUUUAGACAAGUUCACGCAAGUUUUUGAUACCACUCUUGUGGCUGAACAUUCGGAGUCAUCAGUGAAACUUUUUAAAGGGAUACUAAAAUGGGACUGAUACGUAAAGUACCAGUGUCUUGUGAGCUCUCAGAAGGCACACUCUACCAUACUGGUAUACCUAGAAUAAGUGCAACUCAGUACGACAACUUUCCAAGAUGAUAAAACCACAUGGUCAGUCGAAGUAUCUACAGAGAGCAACACAGAAACAUGGAAGCUGUCUUGCUAACUUCCCAAGAGCCUUAGUUAAGUGCUGAAUAUAUUUUACACAAAGAAGUUAAUGAACAAGUGGGUUCUUCCUACUUGUUUCUACUAUACUGCCUGGACUUAAUGUGUGCCAAUAUGCUUUUGUCAUAGUUACCGACAUGCAACUUAACAGGGUCUGUGUAGCCCAGGGCAACUUUGAAAUAGAUACACACCGGCCUUAGUCUCCUGAUUACAGGUUUGUGCCACAGUGAUUGGCAUACUGCGGCUAGGAGUAUAUGGGCUGUAGCAGAGAGAUGGUAACACUGACUAAAGGUGCAAACAGGAACCUCCCGGAAUGAAGUUGAGAGCACCGGCGAUGCGGUCAUGGGGACUGGAGUAUAGAUCUCAGCGCCCAUAUAACAAGCUGCUGUUCAGCAAACAACUCUUUACAGCCCUAAGGGAUCUGAUGCCCUCUUCUGGACUCUAAGCACCACAGGUACACACACUGACACAUACCUGUGCACACUCAGAUACCACAUAUGUAUCUAAAUGAAAAUUUCUCUCGAGAACUUAUACUUUAUCUCAACUACAUGUAAAAUUUCCCAUUAGACUUCUAUAUUGCCUGU